AUGGCUGCUAACGACCAGAACGAUGACGGUCAUGAUACUGGCAACCUGCCCGAUCUGGGGGAUUCCAUCGACAUUUUGACUUUCAGUCAGAUUCUAGAGAUGGAUGACAGUGAAGACGACCGUGAAUUUAGUAAAUCUAUUGUCUUUGGUUUCUUCGAACAGGCCGAGGAGACGUUCGAGGCAAUGGAUACGGCUCUAGAAGCGCAAAAUCUUGAGGAGUUAUACCGACUCGGUCAUUUUUUGAAAGGCUCAUCUGCGACUCUCGGCUUAACCAAAGUUAAGGACAGCUGCGAGAAGAUCCAGCGCUACGGAAAAAAGGAAAACCUCGACGGCAGCCCGGAGAAGGAUGAGGCACUCUGUCUAUCUCGAAUCACAGAAACGCUCAAGACGGUCAAGGCGGAGUACGCUGACGUAGAGCAGACGCUCAAGAAUUUCUUCAACUCUACCUAG